CUGGAUCGCGCUAACAGAAAAAAGAAGAUAGAGGAAUUAUCUCGCUCCUCUCGGGAAAAACUUGUUCAGUCCAAGAACAAGAUGUUCUCCAAAUUCACCUCUAUCCUGCAGCAAGCUGUGGAAGCGCUUGCACCGUCGCUACCCCUGCAAGAAGACUUUGUCUACCACUGGAAGGCCAUCACACACUACUACAUAGAGACUUCAGAUGAUAAAGCCCCAGUCACAGACACCAACAUCCCUUCUCACCUGGAGCAGAUGCUGGACAUCCUGAUCCAGGAGGAGGGCGAGAGGGAGUCUGGAGAGACGGGGCCUUGCAUGGAGUACCUGCUCCAUCACAAGAUUCUGGAGACGCUCUACACUCUGGCCAAGGCUGAUUGUCCACCUGGUAUGAAGCAGCAGGUUCUGAGCUUCUACACUAAACUACUGGGUCGGAUUCGUCAGCCUCUCCUGCCUCACAUCAACGUGUACAGACCUGUACAGAAACUGAUUCGUCUUUGUGGCGAGGUGCUGGCUGCUCCAACAGAGAACGAAGAGAUCCAGUUCCUUUGCAUUGUCUGUGCCAAGCUCAAGCAAGACCCCUACCUGGUUAAUUUCUUUCUGGAGAAUAAGGGAAAACGUGAAGAUGGUAAAGAAUCUGGAGCUCAAGGUCUAAAAGAGGAUACAUCGUCUACGAAUAUGGGGCAACAAAAGAAUGUUGGCACAGACGGUGAUGCGAGCAUCCCUGCUAGAGGAGCCAGUGCUGCAGCGGCCACAAGUAACAGCAACAUAAGCAGCUAUAACCUGGUCAGCUCCCUGCUCAACUUGACAAAGAGCCCAGAUGGUCGUGUUGUGGUGAAGGCAUGUGAGGGCCUGAUGCUGCUGGUCAGCUUGCCCGAGCCUGUAGCAGCUAAAACACUGACCGAGAGCACAGAUCUGUGUGAGCUGCUCACGAGUCGCCUUGCUGCCUUCUACCAGGCGUUGCCGAAGUCUAUGGACCCACUGGACAUCGAGACCGUUGAGUCUGUUAACUGGGGGCUAGACGUUUACAGUCUGAAAGAAGACGCUACAGCUUUUACUGGGAAGCGAGCACUCAUUUCCUUCUUGUCCUGGUUGGACUUUUGUGAUCAGUUAAUAAAGGAGGCCCAGAAGACAGCGGCUUCAGCUUUAGCCCGAGCAGUCAGAGAGAGUUUCUUUGUCCCGGUGAUGGAACCGCAGCUCAUGCAAACGUCAGAGGUGGGCAUCCUGACCUCCACUGCGCUGUUGAAUAGGAUUAUCAAACAGGUGACUUCAGAGGCCUUGCUGUUGGAGACUGUGUACUUACUUCUGGGUGAGGAUGUGGGUCCCGAGACGCCUGCCAGCAUCACUCAGAAUCCACUGAGGCACAGACUCAUUGGGCACUGUGAUCACCUCUCUGACGAGAUCAGUAUCAUGACGUUGCGGCUGUUCGAGCAGCUACUGCAGAAGCCGUGCCAGCAUGUGCUGCAAAACCUGGUGCUGCGCAACCUCGAGGAACGGAACUACAUCGAGUACAAGGCACAAGAGGAGCGAGAGGAACGCGAGCACAUGGAGAACGGCCAGCCGCACGAUUCGGUUGAUUUAGAGGAGGACCCACUGUUUUCAGAUUUGUCUCCAGACACCAGGCUGUCCAGCCCUGACUGGCUGAGCUGUUCACCGCCACCCAGCAUAGAACAUGCAAAGUCUGAUGGGAAAACGGAGGUGCACAAAAUUGUUAACAGUUUCUUAUGUUUGGUUCCGGAUGAGGCUAAGUCAUCCUAUCAGGUGGAAGGCAGUGGCUAUGACACGUAUCUAAGGGAUGCCCACAGACAGUUUCGAGACUACUGUGGCAUCUGCCUGAGGUGGGACUGGCGCAGCAGUCCAAAACCAAUAGAGAAGUGUAACCUGGACAGCCCCUUUUAUGAAGGACACUUUCUCAAAGUGCUUUUUGACAGAAUGGGACGGAUCCUCGACCAGCCAUACGAUGUCAACUUGCAGGUGACGUCAGUGUUAUCCAAACUGUCAUUGCUACCACAUCCUCACAUGCAUGAGUACCUGCUGGACCCCUACAUCAACCUGGCACCCGGGUGCAGAUCCCUCUUCUCAGUCAUCGUCAGGGUGGUUGGUGACUUAAUGUUAAGGAUCCACCGGAUUUCUGAUUUCACCCCUAAAUUACUCCUGGUGAGGAAGAGGCUUCUCGGAAUGGAACCAGAGGGGUCAAGUAUUGAUCACAUGACAUUACUGGAGGGAGUCAUCGUCCUGGAGGAGUUCUGCAAAGAGCUGGCCGCCAUCGCAUUUGUCAAGUUCCAUGCGUCGGCAACCACGUCCCCCUGAUCGUCCACCCGCUCUGCCCUGGGACACAGGCUUCGUUAGUGCAGACAGGCACAGAGUGGACAGCAGACACAGGAACCAUCCAAACCCCAUUCAUCCUGCUGCUGUCUACAGAACCUACAGAGGAUGGAGUACAGUCAUUCAACUGAGAACCAACAGAGGAGGUCAGGCAGAAAGGAGGAAAAGCUCAGAGGUCAAAUUUUCCCAGCUGUGACAAUAGAUGAUGGUCGUAGUCGCAUUUAGCAUGCACAUUCUUAUGCUUUGUUGAUUUUUAUGUUCACUCAGUCAUCUUUUACUUUUAUU